GCAACAUUGUCAUUCGUCGGAGAAAAUAUACAAAUCAUUCGUCUUAGCAGGUUUUUACGCAGCCAGAAAAUUUAACGUAGACAAGUGAAAAGUGGCUAAUAUAUUGGACUAAACAAAGCAGAAAGUCGGCAGGAACAGUUGCCUUAUAUUGCAAUUAUAUUAACAUAGCACCAAUUUCCAUUUAAGAAACAAAAUAUUAUUAUGUGCUGAGUAAGUGGUAGGGGGCGAUUGAUCAGCUGGGGAAAAAUACCUCAACAACAACAGCAACAACAAAAACAACGGAAGCAGCGGCAGCGGCAGCGGCAGAGGCACAACUGCUGAACACAAUUGCAGCGUCAUGUUUGGCUUCGAUGGCGAGUAUCGGCGCAGACCGGUGCAAAGUCUUGGAGGGGCCUCGCAUACCUGCGACCGGGACACGGCCAUACGCAAAGCGGCGCUGGAGCGUCAGAAACGGAACGAGCUGCGUCAGAAGGCCAAUGGUGCCGUUGUGCUGCAAUCAUAUGCCCGCUCCUUCAUUCAUCGCCAGAGACGCAAGCGGGCGGAGCGGGAGGCAUUCGAUGCGUAUCUGCAUGCGCAUCGGGAUCGAGUAACCGAGGAUGAGAGUCUGUGCUUCCUGCUGCGACGCCUUAGCUUCUUUUAUAGCAGUCGCGUGGCGAGGGACAGCGAGCGACUGAUUGAAAUCUGUCAGCAAAUCCUGCGCAAUCCGGGCAGACUCUUGCAGCACUCAGCCCAUGAUGCCGUGUGGAUGCUGCGCGUCUGCAAGCUGUUGGAUGCGUGUCUGCUGCAGUUGACGCUGCCACAGAGUGUUCAGGCCAUACCACUGCGUAUGCUGGAGACCUUCACCACGGUGUCAGCUGUGGAACGCUAUGUGGAGGACGAAACACUGUUGUAUAAGUAUUUGGAGCGAGUGUUUGGCUUCCUUAUUGCACGCAACUACUUUGUGCGAUUGCGUCAGCUGCUCGAUGACAAGUGUCCACCGCUGGACGGCGAGACAUUGCAUGCGCCCAGUCCGUUUGCUGAUGCGCUGCUCCAGCUGCUAUUGCGGCCAUUAAGCGUUGCUAGGCGCACAGCUGCCGGCGAGCAAUCGCAGCUCUUCUGUCGCAAGUUCAUUACCGAAAUUCUGGCCACGCCGCAUACGGAACCAAUUCGCUAUUUUGUGUUGCCCUGUCUGGCGGAGUCUACGGAAUUUCCCUUCGCAUUGCUCAUGCGGUCGCUACACGUCUUGCUCGAAUCGAGCAUGGUUACGUCCUCCGCUGCGGAUUCAACAGACACAGAUGAUGGCAAGCGAAACUCAUUGUUCUAUGGUGUCAUCCAAUCCAGUGAAGGCAAACAGUUCAAGUCACAGCCACGUGAAAUGUUAUUUAGUUCGUUUUUGCUGAACUCUUUGCUGGUGCUCGAUCGCAGGCAACUGGCUACAUUGGAGCAGAGCAACUUGCUGAUUGUGUAUGUACGUGUUAUUGCUCAGAUGAUGCCAAACAUAUUGCAGCUGCCCAAGUCGACACUACGGAACCAUGCAGUACCACAUCGUCACACGGAUUCCGAUGAUGACGAUGACACGGAUGAGUCCGAUGAGGAAGAGGAGGAUCAGCCCACGUCACGAACUCUGGACUAUGAUAUGGAACAGCCUUGUCGACCUACCGGCGAGCUGAGCAGCAAGGAACGCAAUUGCCUCUUGGAAUCCAUAGCCAUAUUAAACGAAACGCAACGUGUGGAUUUCAUUGUGCAGCAAAUGGAGCCGCACAUUGAGCACACUCAGUUAAUUUAUGCGUUCUGUGAGAUUUGUCACAAUUUGAUGAUAUACAAUAAGCAUGCGGUCUAUGAGUAUAAACUGCUCUACACUUUAGCCUUUACACCGAAGUUUAUACGUGCCGUGUGGUUUAAACUGGCCGCUGAGUCCACGCAAUUGGGUUUCUCAGCGCCACUCACACUCAUUUCCAAGGGCGUUGUGCCCAAGCAGCAGGGCGUGGAUCGCACUAUUCCUUUAUUGGCAACAUUUUGUAUGCUCUUUGGUCGUCUGUUGCCCACGUUGCACGACGUCGAGUUUGUGGAGAAGAAGCUGUUGGUAACGCCCGUCCAGGCGGCCAUACAACAUGUCCGACUGAUGCCAUUUUCAAUUGCCGAAAUUGUGCAAAUGUCCAAGACACUGAAGGACAUUAGCCUCGGUCUGGUCGAGCUAGCUUUUCGCAGUGUUCUUGGCCACACCGACGCCGACGACAAGAAACUGCGUCACCAGAAACAAAUUUGGGCCAACUUGCUGAAUGUGGUUGUGUUUGUGCUCAAUCAAAUACACACGCGGGACUUGCGACUGGGCUUCUGUCCGGAAGCGCAUUGGACGGUCAGUCGUUUGGAUUUGCCACUGGACAGACCGACGGAUCUGCCAUUGACACACAGCAGUCGAAUGCGCGGCAUUCGUCCAUUUCAGCCCAUACGCGACUUUACGCGCGAGGAUUUUGAGAACGGACCGCCCAUGUCCACAAAACAGAAGCGAUCCAUAACGAUUCUGCGUGAAAUACCCUUUGUGGUGGCAUUCAACAAGCGUGUGAGCAUUCUUCAGGGUCUGGUUGCGGCCAACAAGAUGCGGGUUCAGGGCCAUCAGCAAGCCUUUCUGCAGGGCCCCUCCAUUAUGAUAACUGUACGUCGUUCGCAUCUCUACGAGGAUGCUUACGAUAAGCUGCGUCCGGAGAAUGAGCCGGAUUUACGCCUCAAAUUUCGCAUACAGUUUGUGUCCUCGCUGGGACUUGAUGAGGCGGGCAUUGACGGUGGCGGUGUUUUUCGUGAAUUCCUCUCGGAACUUAUCAAAACUGCCUUUGAUCCCAAUCGGGGAUUUUUCAUGGUAACGACGGACAACAAACUGUAUCCCAAUCCCAAUGUGGCUGACUUAUUUGGGGACUUUGAGAAGCACUAUUAUUUCAUUGGUCGCAUUUUGGGAAAAGCAAUAUAUGAGAAUCUGUUGGUGGAACUUCCGCUGGCGGAGUUCUUCUUAACCAAACUGGCUGGCAAAUAUUCAGAUGUGGACAUACAUCAAUUGGCGUCCCUGGAUCCGGAACUAUAUCGCAAUUUGCUUUAUCUUAAAGACUAUGCGGGAGAUGUUAGUGAAUUAAAUUUAGAUUUUACAGUGGCCAGCAGCUCACUGGGGCAGACACAGAUUGUGGAACUGAAACCUCAGGGUCAGAGCACGCCGGUGACCAACUCAAAUCGCAUCGAAUAUCUGCAGCUGAUAGCCAACUAUAAGCUAAAUGUACAGAUCAAACGUCACUGUAAAGCCUUCCGCAAGGGACUGUCAAAUGUGCUGCCCAUUGAGUGGCUUUAUAUGUUCAGCAAUAAGGAGCUUCAAAUACUCAUAUCGGGCGCCGAAAUACCGAUAGAUCUGGAGGACCUAAAGAAGCACUGCAAAUAUGGUGGCGAGUACACGCCGGAGCAUCCAUCCAUAGUGGCAUUCUGGACAGCUGUGGAGGGUUUUGAUGAUCUGCAGCGACGUCAACUGUUGAAGUUUGUCACCAGCUGCUCACGUCCUCCACUACUGGGCUUUAAGGACUUGGAUCCGCCUUUUUUCAUACAGAAUGCUGGGGAUAUGGAGCGUCUGCCCACAGCCAGCACCUGCACGAAUCUGCUAAAGCUGCCGCCCUUUAACAGUGUCGAUCAAAUGCGUGAAAAGUUGCUCUAUGCCAUACAAUCUGGUGUGGGCUUUGAACUUAGCUAAACUGUGCCCUACUACACACACACACACACACACACUGAUACCUACACCCACCCAACACACACACACUGAGACACACACAGAGACAUAUCGAAUGAAUGCCAGAAAGCAACACAUUGAUUCGGACGCCCAUCCCCGCAGCAGGAUUCGAAGGCUGGCCAGAAAGCAAUUCCAGUUCAUAUAGAAAUGUACAUUAUGAUUAACGUAAUUAAUUGUCUAAUGUAAAGUAUGAAGCUUAUGAGGUCUGUUUUCCAAUUUUACUUUUUAGUUGAUUUUGUGUUUUUAACGUAUAACACAAUAAUAAAUGUAUAAAAAAA